CGCACGACAGCCCCCUCAAGGUAAAUAUCUAGCCGUCAUGCUGCUCCACCAUGUUCUUGAAACAUUGUGGACUGUUUCCACGCAUAUUGGCCUUGUCCCGCUCUUUUCCGCAUCCGUUUGGUCGAUCUGUUAAACUCGGUGCUAAUCAUCUUUCCAUUUCACUGUACAGACAUCCCUCAAAAUGCCCAGCAGCAAAGUUAAGGCCUACGAGCUCCAGUCCAAGUCGAAGAAUGACUUGACCAAGCAACUCAAUGAGCUCAAGACCGAGCUUCUUUCGCUGCGCGUACAGAAGAUUCUUGGUGGCUCGGCCUCAAAACUCACCAGGAUCAACAUUGUGCGCAAGUCGAUUGCACGGGUCUUGACUGUGAUGAACCAGAAGCAACGCCAAAACCUCCGGGAAUUCUACAAGAACAAGAAAUUCCUCCCUCUUGAUCUCCGACCAAAGAAGACGCGCGCGAUCAGACGGAGACUGACCAAGCGCGAGCAAUCAUUGAAGACGCUCAAGCAAAAGAAGAAGGAUAUACACUUCCCCAUUCGCAAAUAUGCCGUUAAGGCAUAAGCGUGAAUGUGCUGUUGGCUGGGUGUGAGAGGGCCCAUCAUCAUGCUGGAGAUUUGUCUGUUUUUGCAUUUUCAUAUUUGUAUGCCCUACGCCUUGAUCAACUCGACAUGCAUGCUAUGCCAUGACUCCUAUCCUUGGAAGUUGAUCCAGCAUACUUCUUUGAGACAAAUGCACCGAUUGUGACUUUACCAUUGUAUGAUCAGUACUUGUAUCAUAUGGGACUCCAUGUGCGCAUGAGCGCUCUCGCGGUCCUGGGAUGGGUGCAAUUACAACAUCCCCGGGUCAAACUUGAUGACGAUCC